CCUCCCCACCAUCAACAGCCGAUAGUCAUCAUCUUUUGCUGGAGCAUGGUCUGCAGUAGCGCUGUCUAGGACAACAAGCAAGCAGAGAGAGAGAGAGAGAGAGAGAGAGAUAGCUCACACAGCAGGCCUGCGUCGUGUUCGUUAUUUCUUGAACCCCUCCUUUCCCCCAGCACGAGGGAGGCAGAGUGACUCCAUUCCCUGCCCACCAGGCAAUGCAGAGACUCCCUUGAUUCAGCAUUCCGCCACAGUCUGACCUCCGCAACAACACUUGAUCUUUCUCUUUCCUUUACCUUAUUUUUUUUUUUUUCUUGUCUAGACGCUGCUUCGCUCAGAAGCAGGUAUGCGGCCAAUUGAUCCCGACAGCUUUAUAAUUCCACCUAAUCGUGCAUUCCUGAGUACGAGAUAACUUCAAUAAUGUCGACCCAAUUUCCCUCGCUCCGAAAAACGCAGACAGAUCUUCCAGCUUCAGCACCGAGUCCGCUUCGCCAUGGCUCGAACGCGUCAACUACCUCCUCAAUCUACUCCCUGUCGUCCACUUCGCAAGUCCCGAGCCGCACAAGCACUGUCUCCUCGAAUGCGUCAUCGGUCGGGCCAUUACAGCACAAUCUGAGCCAUAAGCGAGGCAAGAGUGAACUAGGCGCCAUGGUCUCUGGACCCCCCGCUGCGAACGCAGCGGCAACAUAUGAGAAUAUCCGGCGGUCUUUACGGCCGUUGUCACAGGCCCCGAAUGUCUCAUCUCCACCGGUCACGAAACAACAACCCGCGAGUUUCCGUCAUUCAAGGAGCCAUACCGUCGAUGAUACUCAUCACUGGAAGGACAAGCGUCCGCAGACUCCAGAAUACCGGGGGGCCGAUCGCCAGGAAAAUAUCGCAUCCCCCGGUAAUCCGAGUGCACCGCAGACCCCUCCGCGUCAUGGUUCGCCGCUGCCGAAAUCCCCUCACGCCGUCUCCCCUCGUGCUCAAUCGCCACGGGUCCGACCGCAGCACUCGCAUAGUUUGUCGAAUCCUCAGCCUCCGCCGCUGACCGCCACCUGGUCCACACCGGAACUCGAAACCUUCCAGAAAUCAUCGACCGGCCAUCUCCGCACCCUGUCGAGGUUUGCGCAGUCGGGAGAGGGCGAAGAACUGGCACUGGGGGGCGCAACGACGUCUGUGAUCGGCCUUCAAGGCAGACGCCGACUGAAGCGCGCCGACUCUGUUGCGGUGCCUUAUGGAAAGCACAUAGCACAGCGACCCAGUGUUUCGUCCUGGUCCGCUGGGAUUUGGAUGGACAAGCAACGGCAGUUUUUACAGGCAUAUGAGUAUCUGUGUCAUAUAGGUGAAGCAAAGGAGUGGAUUGAAGAAGUGAUUCACCAGACCAUCCCGCCUAUUGUCCAGCUCGAAGAGGCUCUCCGCGACGGCGUCACACUAGCGGAGGUCGUCCAGGCCAUGUACCCAAACCGGACGUUUCGGAUCUUCAGGAGCCCCAAAUUGACGUAUCGGCACUCCGACAACAUUGCUUUGUUCUUUCGAUUCCUAGACGAGGUCGAACUGCCGGAGCUCUUCCGCUUUGAGCUCAUCGAUCUGUAUGAAAAGAAAAACAUACCAAAGGUCAUCCACUGCAUCCAUGCCCUGUCAUGGCUGCUUUAUAAGAAAGGGAUCGUCGAUUUCAGAAUGGGCAAUCUUGUUGGCCAGCUUGUUUUCGAACACCACGAACUCGAAGAGACUCAGAAAGGUCUGGACAAGGCGGGUGUUAGCAUGCCCAGCUUUGCAGGAAUGGCCGCCAACUUUGGAGCAGAACCAGAACCAGAACCGGAACCGGAACCGGAACCAGAGCCGGUUGAGUCAGAAGAGGAUCGCAUCGAGAGAGAACUGCAUGAGAAUGAGGUAUCGAUCACGGACUUCCAGUCGCAAAUCCGAGGUGCCAUCCUCAGGCUCAAACUCGGCAAUGUGAUGAACGAGCUGUGGGAGUUCGAACCCAUGUUGGUCGAGCUGCAGGCGCGACUGCGUGGAGAUUGGGCCCGACAGAUUGUCCGGUAUCGAUUGAAUAUGCGCCACUUCGCUAUUGAUCUCCAGGCAAUAUGCAGAGGUUUUGUCGUUCGCUCUCGCCAGUCCGCCGACCGAAGCUGGCGAACGGCACAAGAAUCCGACAUCUUGCUCCUCCAGAGUCUUAUUCGUGGCGCCAAAGCCAGAUCUGAGACGAAGACAAUUCAACAUCACAUGCAAAGAGAGGUGGCCGGUGUCAAGUCCAUCCAGGCAGCUCUAAGAGGCGCCUUGCAACGCCAACGUCUUUCGAACCAGCGUCACGAGACUGCCAACUCGGAGCCUCAACUCAGACUCUUGCAAGCCGCCAUUAGGGGCGCUCUCUUACGAAAGAUGGUGUUCGACCAAGUGGAGGAGACCAGGGAUGCCGAGAAAGAGGUCGAGAAGAUGCAAGCCUUGAUCCGAGGUGCUAUGAAACGAAAACAACUACGUGCCCAGCAGGGUAACAUGGAAAAGACUGGCAAUCUCAUGCAGUUCCUUCAGGCCCAUGUUCGAGGUAUGCUUACACGGCAUUCGGUUUCAGAGACGCAAUACCAUCUCGCGAGUGAAAAAACUGUGAUCACCCGUCUUCAAGCCUUGGUUCGAGGCAUGCUUACCCGACAUUCAGUCUCGGAGAUGCAACACCUUCUCGAGAGCGAACACGCCGUGGUCACUUGCCUUCAGGCACAGAUUAGGGCCAUCAGAGUACGCGAGCGCCAGUCGCGUCUGCUCAAAGCCCUUGAAGAUAGAAAUGAAGAUUGGAUAGCUUUACAGUCUGCUGCCCGUGCAGCCUAUCUCAGAGAGGCCGUCUCUGCUCUCAGGAAGAAUCUCUCUGAACACACUGAAUCAUUCAUUUUACUCCAGAGUAUCUCAAGAGCCAAUUCCGUGCGUGAGUCGAUCAAACUUCAACAACAAGCGCUGUCGAAAGAGGAGCCAUCAAUCCUGGAUCUGCAGUCGAUGGUCAGAGGCUUUAUGUUGCGAAACCGAGUUAGAGCCGACCUUGCCGCCUUGCAAGAGCAAGACCAUAUCAUCGUUGAGCUCCAGUCCCUUGCCCGCGCUGCAGUGCUUCGAAUCGAAACGGGUGACAUUCUACACCAGCUGGACGACUGCGAGGAGGAGGUCAUUCAACUCCAAGCUUUGGCAAGGGCUAUGCUAGUGCGGGUGGAAGUUGGACAGGUCCUGAGCGACCUCGAUGCAGAGGAGGAAACGAUUUUAGAUCUUCAAACCUGCAUCCGAGGAAUGCUCGUUCGCUCCCGUUUUGAGGAAAAACGCCAGUACUACAGGGCCAACAUGGAAAAAGUCAUCAAGGUUCAGAGCUUCGUUCGUGGUAGGAUUCAAGGCCAGGCGUACAAGAGUCUCACGACCGGCAAGAAUCCGCCAGUCGGAACCGUGAAAGGCUUUGUCCAUCUUCUCAACGACAGUGAUUUCGAUUUCGAUGAAGAAAUCGAAUCCGAGCGGCUGAGAAAGCUGGUAGUCCAGCAGGUUCGACAGAAUGAAAUGGCCGAACAGUAUAUCAGCCAACUCGACAUCAAGAUCGCCUUGCUGGUUAAGAACAAGAUCACACUCGACGAGGUGGUUAAACAUCAAAAACACUUUGGCGGUCACAUCGGCAGUUUGCUAUCCAACAAGGACAUCUCGUCCAAGGAUCCGUUUGAUCUCAAAGCACUGAACAAAAACUCGAGGAGGAAGCUGGAACAGUACCAGGUGUUCUUUUUCCUCUUGCAGACACAAUCCCAGUACCUGGCACGUCUCUUCCGAAGGCUACGUGAGUUGAACACGGCAGAGAAGGAGUACGAGCGAAUUCGGCACUUGAUGAUGGGCCUCUUUGGGUAUUCUCAGAAGAGACGCGAGGAAUACUAUCUGAUCAAGCUUCUUGUGCGCUCUGCCCGAGAGGACAUUGAUUGCUUCAGCUCCAUCCAAGAAUACCUGCGCUGCAACUCCUUCUGGACCAAACUGUUUGGCUCCUACGUCAAGUCUCCUCGGGACCGGAAGUUUAUGCGUGACGUUCUGGGCACGGUGGUGCGCGAGUGUGUUCUUGAAAACUCGGCAUUGGACCUCGAGAGCGAUCCACUGCAGAUUUAUCGCUCCGCGAUCAGCAACGAAGAGCUUUCCACUGGCCAGCGCAGCCGCCGACGACCGGAUAUCCCUCACGAAGAGGCCAUCCGCGACCCCGAAACGCGGGCCAUGUUUAUCCAGCACCUACAGGACCUCCGUGAUAUAGCCGACCAGUGUUUCUCAGCUUUGGAAGAAUCCUUGCACCGUUUACCCUUUGGAGUUCGCUACAUCGCGCAGCAGAUUUAUGAAUCCCUCCUCUCCCGAUUCUCCAACGAAGAUCCAGGGCUGGUCCUGCAGACGGUGGGCCACUGGGUCUGGAAGAAUUACUUCCACCCUGCGAUGCUUGAGCCCGAGAAAUACGGAGUGGUCGACCGGGGUUUAACCCAGGAGCAGAAGAGAAACCUGGCAGAGAUUUCCAAGCUGAUUUCCCAAGUAGCCUCUGGAAGGCUCUUCGGAGCCGAGAACGUCUAUCUUCAACCUCUUAACACCUAUGUUGGAGAAUCCAUCCAGCGUCUCGGCCAAAUCUGGGGUAACCUGAUCUCUGUCCAAGACGCCGAGUCCUACUUUGAUAUUGAUGAAUUCAAUGACCUUUACGCAAAAACGAAACCUACUUUAUACAUCAAGAUGUCGGAUAUUUUCUCCAUUCACCAGCUUGUCAACUCCCAGAUACAGUAUAUCUGCGCCAAUACUGACGACAUUCUGAAAGAGGUCCUUCGGGACCUGGGCAAUGUCAAGACGAAUGAGAACGAGCUGAUGAGCGUGAAUUCCGCCGAAAUCAACCUAACCUUGAAUCCCAAGCUGGCACAGUCAGAAGAUCCGGAAGCCGACAUCAAAGCCCUGUUCAUGGAAACGAAACGCUGUGUUCUUUUCAUCAUCCGAGUUCAGACUGGGGACAAUCUGUGGGAGAUUAUGGUCAAGCCACUCACUCCAGAGGACGAGGAAAGAUGGAGAACGUUGGUCCGUGACGAGUUGAUCACAAGUAACCCCCGACGCCGGGCCUACUCGGAAACCAAUACCCUGGUUGAUAUUGCCUCUCUGAGUUACGCGGAGCUGAAACGAAUGGCUCUUGAGAACAUUCUCCAGUUGGAGCAAGCCCACAAGAUCAGUCGAGAGAACCAUUACCAGGACCUGCUCAAUGCUAUCGCAAUUGAUAUUCGCACCAAACAUCGCCGUCGAAUCCAGCGAGCACGAGAGCUCGAAGGCUCCCGGUUGACGUUGGCCCGGUUGAACGACCAAGCUCUAUACCUAGACCAGCAACUCAAGACAUACAACGACUACAUUGAGCAAGCGAUGAUCACGUUGCAGAACAAGAAGGGCAAGAAGCGGUUUUUGUUGCCCUUCACCAAGCAAUGGGACCAUCAGCGCGAGCUACACAAGUCGGGCAAGGUCUUCAAGUUUGGGUCCUACAAGUACUCUGCUCGCAACCUUGCCGACAAGGGAGUCCUGGUCCAGUGGAAGGGCUACACAGAACGCCAGUGGGACCGAGUCGACCUGACGAUUUCCAGCAAUGAGGUCGGCGUCUUCACCAUCGAUGGCAGCAGCGGCAACAUGAUGAUCCCCGGAGCGAAUGCACAGGUCCCUCUGGACGAUCUGCUACAGGCCCAAUUUAACAAUACUCAGUUCUUGGACUUCUUUGAGGGCCAACUCCGAGUGAACGUCAACAUCUUCUUACAUCUCAUCAUGAGGAAAUUCUACAAUGAAUAAGGAGGAGUUUCGAUGACUCUCUUCUCAACGACUAUUGAUAGGCGAAGGCUUCCUCCCCUCUCCCCCCCCCCCCCUUUUUUUUUUUUUUUCUUUCUUUU